AUGGUCCAAUGCCACUGCAAUGCAUUAAAGAAAAAGGGACUCCACAAACUAAUUUUGUCCUCUCUGCGCCCAUUCGCCCACCUUCAGAUGGCGCCUCUGAUCCCUCUCUCUCUCUCAAGCUUGAUGCAAUGCGCCCUGCUUCUUCUUUUCCUGCGACAUCGCUGUGCCGAUCAGCGCCCCUCCCCUCAAAGCUUAACUCUGACGGGCACCAUUGCAAUUAUAAUCACCACCAAGCUUGGCUUGGGGCCGAGACUUUUAAUUCCAGACUUUUUUCGACUCGUCUAA